AUGGGGGGCGAGCGAGGUCCGGAGAAGCCUCGUGGAGCGGGCGGCGCGUUGUCCCCCGCGGCACGUCGCCAGCAGAGGCAACGGGACCGGCGCGAGAAGCUGGCGAGGGAGAAGAAGGCGGGGGCUUCCAAGGAGAAGGCGAGUGCGGCGGCUGGCGCGGGUGGAGCGGCUUCCAAGCGACCGCCGGCGGGAGGAUCGGCGCGUGGCGAGGUGAAACGCGCCAGGAGAGAGUCGUCUUCGGGCUCGGAGGACGACGUCGGCGAUGACUCGGUGGACGAGAGCGGGGACGACGCCGAGGGGCCCGGCGCCGCGGGCGGGGACGAUGAUGAUGCGGUCGAGCGCACGGGCGCGUACGGCAGCUACGGGAGGACGGACGGUCGGAUGUCUGUGGAGGAUGAUGAGUGGGCGACGGCGCCGAGGACGUGGGCCGCGCUCGCGCCUUACCUCUCCGACUAUCACGACAAGAAGAUCUGGGCGCCGUUCUACUACGACGGAGCCGCCGGCAAGCGACUGAGGGAUGCGGGGUUCACGCGAGUCGUGCACAAGAGGGAGGAUUUCUUCAAGCGCGUCAACGACCGGGUGUUCGUCAAGUCCGUGUCCGCGGUGGUGGAUAACCCGCCGUACACGGGCAAAGGGAUGAAGGAGAGGGUGCUGAGGGCGCUGGUGGCAGUGGACGUGCCGUUCUGUCUGCUCCUGCCGCUGGGCGUUUUGCACACGGCGACGGUGAGGGAGAUCCUCGACCCUGAGCACGUGCAGGCGCUGAUACCUCGGCGGUGCUGGGUGAGCAAGAGCGGGCAGCGGGAGGUGCCGUUCAAGUACCUGGUGUGGCUGUGCUACAAGAUGAGACUGCCGCGGGACCUCGUCCUGAUGCCGGACACGUGA